CGCAGGGUCGGAUUUUCGGUGGCCGAGUUGUGAGGACCGUAAAUGUAUCAUAUCAAUGCAGAUCGUCUAUUGAAGUAAAGAUUGUAACCAUGUCGCACAACGACGGAGGCAUGCGGCGCCUGACGCAUCUCGUCAGCUACACGUCGGAUUCAGAUGAGGAACGAGUGAGAGAGGAUGAUGAGGAGGAUGUAAUGGAGAGCAUCCCGGAAGAAGAGAGAGUUGGGGAUGAAGAUGCUGAGAUAGAAGCCAUGCAGAUGAGCGAGACGGAGCGGAGUUUCAAGGAAAGCCCAAGUCCAUCAUCAAACGCCCCGAGCUUGGUGUCCUACGAACGAGAGGAGAGCAAGGGGACGAGGACGACAGGCCUUGUGGCGUACGAGGGUGAGGACGAUGACGGUGGAAGGAGAUCGAAGGAGGGUGGGGGAGAGGAGGGCGACUACCAUGACGAAUCAUGGUUGGAAGCAAAGCUCUCGCCGGGGGAUGACCUUGAAGACAGGGUCAAAGUUGACAAAGGAAAGCUUGUCGACAGCUCCUACUUUAAUGCCUCCAUGUCAUUACCAGAAUCGGCGUUGUCACAAAAGAUCCGUCGGCUGAGCGCGGAGGAAGUAACUCUACCUCCAGAACCCCCGGGUAGAUGCUCCAGACAUCUUCAGGAGAAAAUAAGCUCUUAUUACAAGAAGAACCUCAAUCUGAACCAAAUCAUCCAAAGAAGAAAAGACUUCCGAAAUCCAAGUAUAUAUGAAAAAAUGAUCAACUUUCUGGGCGUAGACGAGCUAGGUACCAACUACCCCAAAGACAUGUACGACCCGUACAGCUGGAAAGAAAGCUCUUACUACGAGGCUCUAGCCAAAGCACAGAGAGAGGAGAUACAGAAGAAGAAAGAGAAAGACAAGAAGGAGAAGACCAAGGUGGAGUUUGUGACUGGCGUGGUGAGGAAGACACAGAUCCAGGCACCACUGGUCACGAGUACCACAGGAGUAGCAGUACCAUCAACCUCCACCAUCAAUCAGGGUACCGGCCAUGAAGAAGAGAAAAAGAGGAAAAGCAAGUGGGACAAUCCAGCUCAAACCCUCCCCGCUCCGGUACCGCUGAUGCAACGCCCCAUCAUCACCGUCAUCACCACCACCAUCCCCACCUCAACGGGCGUCUCGACGACCACCUCGGCAGCGGGAUCCAAGACGACGGUCAUCUCAUCGAUAGGAGCGAUUAAGAAACAGAAAGUGGAGAAAUAACAAAGGCUAUCUUAUGCAUGACUUGAAACUAUCGCCCUCAUCACCACCACCAUCCCCACCUCAAUGGGCGUCUCAACGACCACCCCAGCCGCAGGAUCCAAGACGACGGCCAUCUCAUCGAUAGGAGCGAUUAAGAAACAGAAGGUGGAGAAAUAGCGAAGACCAUUUCAUGUGUGGCUGGAAACUGUUUGUCACUGCGCCUGGUCUGCUGUCUUGACAAAGGCAUUAUGAGAAGGUGAUGAAAUGGCGAGGACUGUCUCAUCUAGAUAGCUAACGAAAGAUUGUGCUGCUUUGACAGAUGCAUUAGCCGAAGGUGGAUAAAAUAGCAAAGGUUGUCUCAAAUACAACUGCAAUCUAUUUAUCACUGGUUAUCUUGAUAGAUACAUGAGCAGAAGGGGGAGAAAUACUAUCUCAGCUUAGAUGCAAUUUAAACAACUAUUUAUCUACGUGAUGGUGUAAUCGGGAUUCCCUUUUAGUGCAAGAAUGUCAGAGAAAGAUGGUAGUUGAGAAUGAAGGCCUUAUCAAGUGCACUAACUUGGUCUUGAACAGGACUUCUCCAUUCUGCCUUUGCCAUAUUUGAAAGCCCUCUUUAAGUUUUUAUACCCCUCCAUCUUCUUAUACUGUUGCCCACUCUCUUUCUUUCCCUCCCUCUCACUCUCAAGCUUUUAUCAUUCAGUAAGGUUGUAUUUUUUGAGAAUCUCUUCUCUUUGCUCAUUCUCCUCCACUCCCCCUCUCUCUCUUUCUAUUUGUCUCUCACUCUCUCUCAUACUCUCUCUCUCUCUCUCUCUUUGUCUCUCUUUAUAGUCAUCAAUGUGCAGUGAAAAUUGCACUGAAUAUGUGUAUCUUGAGAAUCAUAUUAUUUAAAAAAAAUCAUCACCAAACUCAACAAGACUACCUUCAAGGGAUCUAAUAAUUAAUUUGUGUAUUGACCCUCCAGGAUUUUGAUUACAUCCAACAUUCCUUAGACAUGUAUGUGUUCCUGCUACACAUGAGGGUUAAGCUUUCCUUAUUGCAACAUGAAUUUAAUCCUGAAUUAGUACAAUACCAGACCUAGGGCUUAAUUUGGAGAAUCAAAUAUGGCAUAUUAACCUGUAUUUCUCAAGAGGGAAAUUGUAAAUUUUUGUAAAUAUUUCACAUAAUAAACUGAACAAAUUUUUCAUGUA